AUGCAGGAAACUCAUUUAACCAGGAAAAAUACAUUGGAUAUACAAGAUUAUAUAAUCUUCACAACUGGAAAUCAAAGCCGUAGAUUUGGAAUGGGUUCCUUAGUACACAGAAAUAUAAAGGCAUCAGUAGUAAAUUUUAAAGCAGUGACAGAAAAAUUAUGUAAAAUACAAAUAAAAAGCGGAAUACAAAAUAUAACAAUAGUUAACUUCCAAGCGCCAACAGAAGAAACGGAUGAGGAAAUAAAAGAUGAAUUCUACGAAGAACUAGAGAAAGUAUAUGAUGAAAUUCCUAAAAGUCAUCUGAAAAUAAUUAUAGAAGAUGCAAACGCAAAAGUAGGCAAAGGAAAAAUUUACAAAAAUAUAACGGGAGGUAAAAGCAAACACGAUAUAAGCAAUAAUAACAGUCUAAGAUUAAUAAAUUUAGCCAUAGAAAGAGAUAUGAGAAUCAUGAGCAUACACUUCAAAAGGAAAGAUAUUCACAAACGAACAUGGAUCAUACCAGGUACCACAAAGACAAAUCAAAUAGACCACUUUCUCAUUGGGGAACGGAUCGUAAACUUAGUAAAAAAUGUUAGAUUUUACUAA